GUCCCUUUAAGAGAAGGGGGAGAGCUAGCCCCUUUCAGCCAUCCUGGCCUGUCAUCCAUCCCUGCCAAAUCCGAAAAGGAAAAUGAAAGAGGGACCAAGAGGAACAGGUCCCAGCUGUCUCCCAAGCUCCUGCGCUCAGCUCUAAGCACAGGCCCCAGGCAUCAUGGGGGAGUGGGCGUUCCUAGGUUCCCUGCUGGACGCGGUGCAGCUGCAGUCGCCGCUCGUGGGUCGCCUCUGGCUGGUGAUCAUGCUGAUCUUCCGCAUCCUGGUGCUGGCCACGGUGGGAGGUGCGGUGUUCGAGGACGAGCAGGAGGAGUUCGUGUGCAACACGCUGCAGCCCGGCUGUCGCCAAACCUGCUACGACCGCGCCUUCCCGGUGUCCCACUACCGCUUCUGGCUCUUCCACAUCCUGCUGCUGUCGUUCUCCAAGUCAUCAGUUACCCGCACAUCCAUCUCCUGUGGCUGCCUUUCCCCGGCCCCUGCAGAAGCUGUGCAGGGUCAGCUGUGCCCAGGCUCCCCCACAGCUUCUUCAAGCCCUGCUAACUCCAUCUGA